AUGUUGGGCUCCAAGAACAUGCCCUGGCGGCGGCUGCAGGGCAUUUCCUUCGGGAUGUAUUCAGCUGAAGAGCUCAAGAAAUUAAGUGUUAAAUCCAUUACAAACCCUCGGUACCUGGACAGCCUAGGGAACCCGUCAGCGAAUGGCCUGUAUGAUUUAGCUUUGGGCCCUGCCGAUUCCAAAGAGGUGUGCUCCACCUGCGUGCAGGACUUCAACAACUGCUCCGGGCACCUGGGCCACAUUGAGCUCCCGCUCACGGUGUACAACCCUCUCCUCUUCGACAAACUCUACCUGCUGCUCCGGGGCUCUUGUUUAAACUGCCACUUGCUGACCUGUCCCCGGGCUGUGAUUCACCUCUUGGUCUGCCAGCUGAGGGUUCUGGAAGUUGGGGCCCUACAAGCAACAUACGAGCUCGAGCGAAUUCUGAACAGGUUUCUGGAAGAAAACGCUGAUGCUUCUGCCUUCGAAAUUCAAGAAGAGUUAGAAAAGUACACAACCAAAAUUGUGCAGAACAACCUCCUGGGGUCCCAGGGCGCAUAUGUGAAAAAUGUGUGUGAGAGCAGGAGCAUGCUCCUUGCUUACUUCUGGAAGGCACAUAUGACUGCCAAGCGAUGUCCCCACUGCAAGACUGGACGGUCAGUUAUCCGAAAGGAGCACAACAGCAAGUUAACGGUCACGUAUCCGGCCAUGGUGCACAGGAAAGCUGACCAGAAGGACACAGAGCCCCUGGCUCCAGGAAUUGAGGAAGCUCAGAUGGGAAAACGAGGGUACCUGACACCCACCAGUGCCCGAGAACAUCUUUUAGCCCUUUGGAAGAAUGAAGGAUUCUUUCUGAAUUACCUUUUCUCGGGACUGGACAACAUUGGCACAGAGUCCAGAUUCAACCCCAGUAUGUUCUUCCUCGAUUUCUUGAUAGUGCCACCCUCAAGGUAUCGCCCUGUCAAUCGCCUGGGGGACCAGAUGUUUACCAAUGGCCAGACAGUGAACUUGCAGGCUGUCAUGAAGGACAUAGUUCUGAUCCGAAAGCUUCUGGCACUCAUGGCUCAAGAACAGAAGCUGCCAUGUGAGGUGGUGGCUCUCACCACAGAUGAGGAAAAAGACUCUUCAAUUGCUGUGGACCGAUCCUUUUUAAGUACACUUCCAGGCCAGUCCCUCACAGACAAACUUUACAACAUUUGGAUUCGCCUUCAGAGCCAUGUCAAUAUUGUGUUUGAUAGCGAGAUGGACAAAUUAAUGAUAGAAAAGUAUCCUGGCAUUAGACAGAUCCUGGAGAAGAAAGAAGGCCUGUUCCGAAAGCACAUGAUGGGAAAGCGAGUAGACUAUGCAGCCCGCUCGGUCAUCUGCCCAGACAUGUACAUCAACACCAACGAGAUUGGAAUUCCCAUGGUAUUUGCCACAAAACUGACCUACCCUCAACCAGUUACCCCCUGGAAUGUUCAGGAACUGAGACAAGCAGUCAUCAACGGCCCCAACAAGCACCCAGGAGCCUCCAUGGUCAUCAACGAAGAUGGCAGUCGCACAGCCCUGAGUGUCACGGAUAUAACACAGCGGGAAGCCGUGGCCAAACAGCUCCUGACACCAGCCAUGGGGGCACCUAAGCCCCAUGGGACAAAAAUUGUAUGCCGGCACGUGAAGAAUGGGGACAUUCUCCUACUGAACCGACAACCCACCCUUCACAGACCCUCCAUCCAGGCCCACCAUGCCCGCAUCCUGCCUGAAGAGAAAGUCUUACGGCUCCACUAUGCCAACUGCAAGGCCUAUAAUGCUGACUUUGAUGGAGAUGAGAUGAAUGCACACUUCCCCCAGAGUGAGCUGGGCCGGGCCGAGGCCCAUAUCCUGGCCUGUACCGAUCAGCAGUACCUUGUUCCCAAGGAUGGCCAGCCAUUGGCAGGAUUGAUCCAAGAUCAUAUGGUUUCAGGUGCAAACAUGACCACACGGGGUUGCUUUUUCACCCGGGACCAAUACAUGGAGCUGGUGUACCGAGGACUCACAGACAAAGUGGGGCGUGUGAAGCUCUUUCCUCCUACCAUCCUGAAGCCCUUUCCACUGUGGACAGGAAAGCAGGUUGUGUCAACGCUGCUCAUAAACAUAAUCCCAGAGGACCACAUCCCACUAAAUUUAUCUGGAAAGGCAAAAAUCAGUGGGAAAGCGUGGGUGAAGGAAGCUCCUCGUCCUGUUCCCGGAUUUAACCCUGACUCAAUGUGCGAGUCCCAGGUGAUCAUCCGGGAAGGGGAGCUUCUCUGCGGUGUGCUAGACAAGGCACACUACGGGAGCUCUGCCUACAGCCUGGUGCACUGCUGCUAUGAAAUCUACGGGGGUGAGACCAGCGGCAAGGUUCUCACUUGCCUGGCCCGCCUCUUCACUGCCUACCUGCAGCUCUACAGGGGCUUCACCUUGGGCGUGGAAGACAUUUUGGUGAAGCCGAAGGCGGACAUCAAGAGACACAGAAUCAUUGAAGAAUCCACCCACUGCGGCCCCCGGGCUGUCAGGGCUGCAUUAAACCUGCCAGAAGCUGCAUCACAUGAUGAGGUACGAGAGAAGUGGCAAGAUGCCCAUCUGGGCAAAGACCAGAGGGAUUUUAACGUGAUUGAUCUGAAAUUCAAGGAGGAAGUGAACCAUUACAGCAAUGAAAUUAACAAGGCAUGCAUGCCAUUUGGCUUGCACCGACAGUUCCCAGAGAACAACUUGCAGAUGAUGGUGCAGUCGGGAGCCAAAGGUUCAACUGUGAACACGAUGCAGAUCUCGUGCCUGCUGGGCCAGAUUGAAUUGGAAGGUCGGAGACCCCCACUGAUGGCAUCUGGCAAGUCACUGCCCUGCUUUGAGCCUUAUGAGUUCACCCCCAUAGCUGGUGGCUUCGUCACUGGCAGAUUCCUCACCGGCAUUAAGCCACCUGAGUUCUUCUUUCACUGCAUGGCAGGACGAGAGGGACUGGUCGACACUGCUGUGAAAACCAGCCGCUCUGGCUAUCUCCAAAGGUGUAUCAUCAAGCACCUGGAGGGGCUGGUCGUCCAGUAUGACCUGACAGUCCGCGACAGUGACGGCAGCGUGGUGCAGUUCCUGUAUGGGGAGGAUGGCCUGGACAUCCCCAAGACACAAUUCCUGCAGCCCAAGCAGUUCCCUUUCCUGGCCAGCAACUAUGAGGUGAUAAGGAAAUCGAAGCAUCUCCAUGAAGUGUUAUCCAGAGCAGAACCUCAGAAAGCUCUCCGCCACUUCAGAGCCAUCAAAAAAUGGCAAAGCAAGCAUUCGGACGCCCUGCUGAGAAGAGGCGCCUUCCUGAAUUAUUCCCAGAAAAUGCAGGCAGCUGUGAAAGCCUUGAACCUCCAGGGCGAGAACCAGAAUGGCCGCAGCCCCGGGACUCAGCAGAUGCUGAGGAUGUGGUGUGAGUUGGAUGAGCAGAGCCGAAGGAGAUACCAGAAGAAGGCGGCACCUUGUCCUGACCCCAGUCUGUCUGUCUGGCGCCCUGACAUUUACUUUGCAUCCGUAUCGGAAACAUUUGAGAAAAAGGUUGAUGACUACAGUCUAGAGUGGGCAGCUCAAGCAGAGAAAAGUUACAAGAAGUCAGAGCUUUCUCUCGACAGGUUGAGGACCCUGUUGCAGCUGAAGUGGCAGCGUUCGCUGUGUGACCCAGGCGAGGCUGUGGGCCUGCUGGCCGCCCAGAGCAUCGGGGAGCCCUCCACCCAGAUGACCCUGAACACCUUCCACUUUGCAGGCAGAGGCGAGAUGAACGUUACCCUGGGCAUUCCGAGGUUGAGGGAGAUCCUCAUGGUGGCCAGCGCCAACAUCAAGACGCCCAUGAUGAGUGUGCCCGUGGUCAACACCAGGAAAGCACUGAGGAGAGUGCGGAGCCUGAAGAAGCAGCUCACCAGGGUGUGCUUAGGGGAGGUGUUGCAGAGAGUUGAUGUCCAGGAGUCCUUCUGUAUGGGAGAAAAACAGAACAAAUUCCGGGUUUACCAGCUGCGAUUUCAGUUCCUGCCAUAUGCAUAUUACCAGCAGGAGAAGUGCCUGAGACCUGAGGAUAUCCUGCACUUCAUGGAAAAAAAAUUUUUUAAACUUCUGAUGGAAGCCAUCAGAAAGAAGAAUAAUAAAGCCUCAGCCUUCAGAAGCGUAAACACUCGAAGAGCUACACAGCGGGAUCUAGACAACGUGGGAGAGUCAGGGAGGAAUCGGGGAGAGCAGGAAGGUGAUGAGGACGAGGAGGGGCACAUUGUGGAUGCUGAAGCCGAGGAGGGGGAUGCUGAUGCCUCUGAUGCCAAACGCAAGGAGAAGCAAGAGGAGGAGGUUGAUUAUGAGAGCGAGGAGGAGGAGGAGAAGGAGGGAGAGGAGAACGAGGAUGAGGACGUGCAGGAGGAGAGGGGUGUCCAUGGUGAAGGCUCCCACAGGGCCCAGGAGCAGGAUGAAGACGUGGGUUCAGGCCCUGAAGAUACCUCGCCCUCCUGGAAACCCUCCCGCAGUCGGGCACCCCAGGGAGCUGAGGCCGUGGAGCGCAGGGUCCAGGCCGUGCGUGAAGCCCACCAGUUCAUAGAGAACUACCAGUACGACACUGAGGAUAGCCUGUGGUGCGAGGUGACAUUGAAGCUCCCUCUGAUCAAGAUGAACUUCGACAUGAGCUCCCUGGUAGUGUCUUUGGCUCAUGAUGCUGUCAUCUACGCAACCAAGGGCAUCACUCGGUGCCUCCUGAAUGAAACCACCAACAGCAAGAAUGAGAAGGAGUUUGUGCUAAACACAGAAGGAAUCAACCUCCCGGAGCUGUUUAAGUACAACGAAAUUCUGGAUCUGCGCCGCCUCUAUUCCAAUGACAUUCAUGCCAUGGCUAACACAUAUGGCAUCGAGGCCGCACUGAGGGUGAUCGAGAAGGAGAUCAAAGACGUGUUUGCAGUGUACGGCAUCGCUGUCGAUCCUCGCCAUCUCUCCCUGGUCGCUGAUUAUAUGUGCUUCGAGGGUGUUUAUAAGCCACUGAAUCGCUAUGGGAUCCGGUCCAACUCCUCCCCUCUACAGCAGAUGACGUUUGAAACCAGCUUCCAGUUUCUGAAGCAAGCCACCUUGAUGGGAGCCCAUGAUGAGCUGAGGUCUCCUUCAGCCUGCCUCGUGGUCGGGAAGGUCGUCAAGGGCGGGACGGGCCUGUUCGAACUCAAGCAGCCCCUGAGAUAGCAACCACCGUGGCACCAUCUGCCAGUCAGAGGACCUGGGUAAGGGCCUGGCCUACCCUCUGCAUGAGAGGAUCAGGAGAACAGAAUCCAGGAUGGUUCAGAGUGACAUUGCAGAGCACGGUAGUGACCUUGGGCUCCAAAAAGCAGCUGGCCUCUGGGCUGGGCCAGCUUGACCUGGAAAGCGGAGGCAUUCCUCAGCCCUUCCCCUCCCCAUCUCAGGAAUAUUGACAAGUUUUGCCAAGUCCUCUGAGUCUCUUCCAGCUGGCUGGGCUUCACCCUUGUUGCAGGAAUCCUUGGUGACAAAAUCUCUAAGGAGAAGCACCAAGGCUGUUCACUAGGAAAAGGAGGGGCAUGCUUUGCUGCUGGGGACCCCAGGUACCUCCAGGGUAGGGAAAAAAGGUCCCCUUGCUGUGAGUGGCCAGUGACUGCAGGCAGGAUUCCUGGGGUGCCCAAUGAGUG